AAGAUAGUUUAAGUGUUAAUAUAUAAAUUUCACAAUAGAUUUACACAUAAUUUUUUUACAUCUGACGAGCGUUAUAUGACUACGGAAGUCUAAGUGAUAGGUACCACUAAUUUCCAUCAGGUAGACCUCCUUAUCUUUUAUAUUAUGGUGGAGUCAACCUUCCAUUUCACCUAUUAAUUUUUUUUUUUAUUUAUUUCCUUAUUAAUUUUAUAAACUGGCUUUUCCCUGCGACUUUGUCCAUGUGACCGUGAUAUGUACACUGAUCAGGAUAAAAAAUAGCAUAUGUCUUUAUCCAUCCCAUAUAGUACCAGUAUACCAAAAACACAUACAAUUGCGCACGCUCCCCUCUACUUUACGUUCUUGGAGACCGACUUAGCUGGAACUUAGUAUAACACCACCACCACUUCAGCUGCCUGCUCGGGGCUACAUCUCAUCGAUAAACGAAUCGAAAGAUGCAUAUCGAAUUAUUCUUAGUGUCAAUUGUGCUACAUUAUACAACAGCCGAAUACUACAAGACGAAACCCGAUUUUAUACAAACAUGCCUGAAAAGUGAUCCAGAUUUCGAUGAAUGUUCACGUCAAUCUGUCCAAAAGCUGUUUCAUGCUUUGGGGCCAGGUCUUCCAGAAAUUGAUGUGCCUCCUCUAGAUCCAAUGAAAAUUCCCAAAAUAAGAAUCCUGCAAGGCGAUGGCCCUGUGAAUGUAAAUGCGGCGCUAGAUGACGUCACUGUGACAGGUUUCGGUGAGACAGAAGUGCUCUUGAGCCAGGUAGAUAGUAAAACAUACGAUUUCUAUACUAGAGUUCGCGUCCCGAAAAUUCGAAUAGAAGGGACGUAUGACUUAAAGGGAAAGAUUUUAUUAAUACCAUUGGUCGGUCGUGGUCGUUGCUGGUUUGAACCAAAAAACAUGACAAUUGAUAUUGUCAGUGACGUAAAACUAUAUGAAAAAGACGACUUUGUUUUCUUCAACGUGACUAGUGCUCAUGUAAAAUAUACCAUAGGUGGACUCACUUUACGUAUGAAUAAUUUGUUCGAUGGAAUUAAUUCUCUAGAGGACAGUACUAACGCAUAUUUGAAUGCAAAUUGGCGGCCAGUGUCAGAAUCGUUGCGACCUAUACUAUCCAAGACCAUAGAAGACAUUUUACUUGGUUUUUUGCAACAGUUAUUCCAUAAUCUGCCUGGAAAUUUUAUGAUUGGUGAUAUAAAGUAUAAUCCAAGUAAAAAAGUCGAUAAAAAAGUUUGAAUGCUCUCUAUUAGUAUUAGUAAUUUAAAAAUGUUUUAGAUUGUAAGCUGAUUCAGUGCCUGGGUACUUAUUAAUUUGUUUUGUAUCAAAGGUCAAUUGAUUCGGAAUACGAUGAGAGGUGUACCUACUCGUACUACUAAUGAUAUCUUACUAUUUUGAGUAUUGGUCAGUAAACCAAUUGUGAUGUGUGAUAAUAAAAAUAAGAUAGAUUAUGCCUUAUACUUAAUAUUUUACUUAUUUUAAAGAUUUAAUUGGAAUUGGAAAUCUAGCUUUAUUGUUAUGAUAGAAUAUAGCAAGGUUGCUACACUUAAUUUAUCUUUAAAUUACGAUUAAAGUACAUAAAAUAAAGUUUA